GUAUUCUUUUAAUUUUAUUUAUUUCAUAUACAUAUAUUUUUUUUAAGAAAACAAAAUGGUUUCAUCAAGACCUGGAUCUCCUUACACUGGUUAUAGACCCUCUAGUGCUAAUUCUACUCAUACCAAAGUAGAAGAAGACCUUCAUGAAUAUGCUGGUAUUGACUAUGAUAAGGUUACAAUCAUGCGUAAUCCUUCUGUAGCUGUUCUUUAUGAACAAGCAUUAACUUAUGAACAAGGUACUGUGAUUUCAUCUGCUGGUGCUCUUUGUGCUUAUUCUGGUAAGAAGACAGGUCGAUCCCCCAAGGAUAAACGUAUUGUUAAAGAAGAGACAUCUGAUAAGGAUAUUUGGUGGGGACCUGUGAAUACACCCAUCAGUGAAAAAGUCUUUCUGAUUAAUCGUGAACGUGCUAUUGAUUAUCUUAAUACUCGUCCUCGUUUGUAUGUAUUUGAUGGUUUUGCAGGUUGGGAUCCCAAGUAUCGUAUUAAGGUACGUGUUGUCGCUUCUCGUGCUUAUCAUCUCUUGUUCAUGCGUAACAUGUUGAUUCGUCCAACUGAAGAAGAACUUGAAGAAUUCGGUACUCCUGAUUUCACUAUCUUUAAUGCUGGUGAAUUCCCCGCCAAUCGUUAUACAACUGGCAUGACUUCUACCACCUCCGUCUCUGUCAACUUUAAGCGUAAUGAAAUGGUUAUCCUUGGUUCUGAAUAUGCUGGUGAAAUGAAGAAGGGUAUCUUUACUGUAAUGCAUUAUUUAAUGCCCAAGGCAGGUGUUCUUUCACUUCACUCAUCAGCUAAUGAAGGUCCCAAUGGAGAUGUAUCUCUCUUCUUUGGUCUUUCAGGUACCGGUAAGACCACACUCUCGGCUGAUCCUAAACGUCAAUUAAUCGGCGAUGAUGAGCACUGUUGGUCCGAUAAUGGUAUCUUCAAUAUUGAAGGUGGUUGUUAUGCUAAAUGUAUCGAUCUUUCAGCUGAAAAGGAACCUGAUAUUUUCAAUGCCAUUCGAUUUGGUUCUAUCCUUGAAAAUGUUGUCCUUGAUGAAGAAACACGUGAAGUAGAUUAUUCAGAUGAUUUCUUGACAGAGAACACACGUUGUGCUUAUCCCAUCUAUCAUAUCCCUAAUGCCAAGAUACCUUGUAUGGGAGGACAUCCUAAGAAUAUUAUCUUGUUGACGUGUGAUGCCUUUGGCGUCCUUCCUCCUGUCUCCAAGUUAACUGCUGAACAAGCCAUGUAUCACUUUAUUUCUGGCUACACCACCAAGGUACCAGGUACUGAAGAUGGUAUCUUGGAACCUCAAGCCACUUUCUCUGCUUGCUUUGGUGCACCUUUCCUUGUUCUUCAUCCUCAACGUUAUGCUACCAUGUUGGCAGAAAAGAUGUCUAGUCAUAAAGCAGAUGCCUGGUUGAUUAAUACGGGUUGGAUUGGUGGAUCUGCUGCAAAUGGUGCUAAGCGUUGUCCCUUAAAGUACACCCGUGCUAUCUUGGAUGCUAUUCAUAGUGGUGAAUUGGCCAAUGCUAAAUUUGAUAAAUUGGAAAUCUUUAAUUUAAGUAUUCCCAAGACUGUCACUAAUGUCCCCUCUGAACUUUUGAAUCCCAAGACUGCCUGGCAGGGAACUAGUAAAGAAUUCGAUGCCUCUCUUCGUAAUGUUGCUAACAUGUUUGUUCAAAACUUUAAGACUUAUGAAGAUCAAGCCGAUCCCAAAACUUUAGCUGCUGGUCCUAAGAUUUAAAUCUAAAUAGUUGUAUACUACUUUAUGUAGAAACAGGCAUUUCUUUUUUUUUUUCAAUUAUCUAAAAUGUAUUAUAGUUUAUUAGCAGCCUUUUUUUUUUUCUUUUUUUUUUUCUCUCUAUUUCCAC